GAACACCCAACAGGAGGAAAGGAUGCCAGCCACACGAAGGCGGUCCAAGCCAAAGGCGCCAGUGACAUUUGGGGAUCUGGCCAUCUACUUCUCCCGGGAGGAGUGGGAAUGGCUGAGUCCCAUCCAGAAGGAACUAUAUGAAGAUGUCAUGCUGGAGAACUACCAGAACCUGGUAUCUGUUGGACUUGCCUCGCGGAGGCCAAAUGUGAUCACUUUACUGGAGAAAGGGAAGGUGCCGUGGAUUGUGGAACCAGUUAGAAGAAGCCGGGGCCCAGACUCAGGGUCUAAAGGUGGGACCAAGAAGUUACCUCCAACUCACUGGAGCAAAGAUGGGCAAAACAUCUGUCAAAAACCAAUUUCUGCACCACAGAAAGUUCCCACAGGAAAGAAAGUCUGCACAAAAAAUCCAAAUCUGUUAAAAUCUAAGAAAGUGCGUUCAGGGAAGAAAAAUUUAAAAUGUGGUGACUGUGGGAAAAUCUUUAGUAGCAGCUUAUCUCUUAAACUCCAUCAGAACGUGCAUACUGAAGGGAAGCCUUAUGAGUGCAGUAAUUGCAGAAAGUCUUUUAGACAGAUCUCAUCCCUAAUUCUUCAUCAGAAAAUUCAUAGUGGAAGGAAAAUUCAUGAAUGUGAUAAAUGUGGAGAAAACUUUAUUCAAAGAACAACCCUUAUUCUACAUGGGAAAACUCAUAAUGAAAAAGAAACUGACUGUGGGAAGACCUUGAGUCAAUGUCUGUCUCUCUCUGUACCUCAGAAAAUUCACGUGGUUGAGAAUGCCAACCAGUGUAGAAAAUGUGAGCAAGCUCUCACUCAUGUAUCAUCCUUUUUAUUGCGUAAGAAAAUUCAUGGUAGAAAGAAAACACACAAGUGCAACAAAUGUGGGAAACGCUUCAGUAAGAAAUCGGUGUUUGUUAAACAUAAAAGGCAUCAUACUGGAGAGAAAACCCAUGAAAAUAAGAAAGCCUUAAGUCAGAAUCUACAGAAGAAAAGUCUCCAUUUAGAGAAUCCUUAUAAAUGCAGGAAAUGUGGGAAAUCCUUUAACAGGAUUUCAUCCAUUGUGCUUCAUCAGAGAAUUCACAUUUCAGAGAAAUCCCUUAAAUGUGGUAAAUGCAAGAAGGCUUUCAAGCGACUGUCAACACUUAUUCUACAUUUAAAAGCUAAAAAUUGCAAGAAAGUGUAUGAAUGCAAUAAGUGUGAGAAGAUCUAUAAUAGAUAUUUGUCCUUUAUUCAACAUCAGAAAAUUCAUGCAAGGAAAAAGAAACUGUUUGAAUGUAAGGAAUGUGGGAAAAUGUUUUCUGGGACUGCAAACCUUAAAAUACAUCAGAAUAUUCAUUCUGAAGAGAAACCUUUCAAAUGCAACAAGUGCAGUAAAGUGUUUGGCCGCCAAUCUUUUCUUAUUGAGCAUCAAAGAAUUCACACUGGAGAAAAACCCUAUCAGUGUGAGGACUGUGGGAAAGCCUUCAGUCACCGAAUAUCUCUUACUCGACAUAAGAGGAUCCAUACCGAAGACAGACCAUAUGAAUGUGACCAUUGUGGGAAGGCAUUCAGCCAGAGUGCACACCUUGCCCAACAUGAAAGAAUUCAUACUGGAGAAAAACCAUACACAUGUAAAACAUGUGGGAAGGCCUUCAGUCAGCGCACAUCUCUUAUUCUGCAUGAAAGAAGUCAUACUGGUGAGAAGCCCUAUGAAUGUAAUGAGUGUGGAAAGGCAUUCAGUAGUGGGUCAGAUCUUAUCCGGCAUCAGCGAAGUCAUUCUUUUGAGAAACCCUAUGAAUGCAGUAAGUGUGGGAAGGCUUACAGCCGAAGCUCCUCCUUGAUUCGACAUCAAAAUUCACAUUCUGAAGGAAAAGCUAAACGCCGUCCUAAAAAUGCAAAAGCAGAGUGAGGCUGUCAAAAUUGCAGCCACAGAAGCAUGGAAAAUGCACAUGUCUGUAACACUGAUAAAGUGGGACCAUUUGAUGAUGUGUUCCAAUUUGAAAGCCAAAGAGCAAAAGUCAUUGAUGACUUUUUACCUAAAGAUUUGAAAUUAGCCUAGAUGGUGAUCUUACUGUAUGUCUUAAUUUUAGAGCAGUAAGAUCAAAUCAUUUUAGUAAAAACCAUUCUUAAAUUGAUGAGUUUCUGGUGUUUACUGUUGUGAUUUUAAAGUUGUCUCAUUGGUAUUGUACAAAAAGUGAAAUUGUGAAGUUUA